AUACGGCCGGUAUACAGUGCCAGUCUAGAUAUCGUGACAGCUAGCAGUAGCAGAUCGCCGCCAUGGCGAAUUUAACGCAUAUUUCCUACUUUAUUGUAGGAUUAUUUCUGGUAUAUAUGUCAUUUCGAGAAAUAUCACAAUCAGAAGCAUCGGUCGAACCCAAAGUUAAGUCCAAGUUAUCUCAAUUUGCAGCGCCAACCCUCACGGUAAUGUAUUGCAUUUCCUGAGGUUACCGGCAGGUGUUUGAGGAGUACGCUUCCCGUCUUCAUCAGCGUUACCCCGACCUCCGCAUCGAAGGAAACAACUUCCCCGCCCACCCGAUCCGUCGUUAUCUCGCAUCAUUCCUCGCCAUGGCUAAGCUGGUCUUGAUCGGUAUGGUUGCCUGUGGUUACGACCCAUUCCCAAUGUUUAAUAUGGAAACCCACCCUGCAUGGUCUUGGGCUAUUCAAAACAAAAUCUAUGCAUGUAUGAUGUUGUUCUUUAUAAGUAAUGCCAUUGAAGGACAACUGCUUUCCACUGGAGCCUUUGAAGUUACAUUUAAUGGUAAGAAACCCUCAUGUUAUCAAACUUCCUGGGAGGUAUUCUGAUAAUUAAAGGGGAAG